GGCCUUAAUUGGCGAAAAACCAGAUAAUGACAAAGAAGUGGGGAGAAGAGGAGGUGGAGAAAUAUACGAAACUGGGCCCCUGAUCGAUUUCGUAACUUUAUUUCUCGGUGUAGCAGCGUUCGAUCGUAACGAAUGAAUAAGAGGAGAGGUUUUUCAGGUGACGGGUAGAGCGAAUGGCGAACGAGAAGAAGAGGAAGGGCGAGAGAAAGAGAUCAGAGUGGCGGCUAGCGACGAAGCAAAGUGGACGAAGACGAGCCCGAAGAACGAGGAAGAAGGAAAGAAGUUGGACGGAAAGAAGAAUGAGUAAGAGGUAAGAGGAGUAAGAGGUUGAAGCGAGAUGGAACGGUGUGGAAUCAGGGAGGCAGGCCUCGGUUGGUUGGCAGAAGAUCGCCAAGGUGCAGGCCCGAGGAAACGCGACGAAAGAAAGAAAUAAGAGAGUCCAGAAGGCUGUUAGGUGGAAGAAAUGGCGAGGAGCAGGAGAGCGGCGGAUAAAAGGAUAUGGUAGGGCGUGGAAGCGGGAAGAUGGUAGGGAAGUAGAAGAGGAUGGACACGAAUGGCCGACCAGUGAGAAGAAGAAGGAAAGGGCACAGGGAGCGACAGGUGCCCAAUCGCCCACGUGGGUUCUCUCUUUACGGUGCUGCAGCGACGGUAGAAGGGUGAAGAAGACGACGAUGACGACGACGAGGACGACGAGCCGGCUUCCUUGUAAUGGUGAAGAAGCCGAUACUCGUUCUAUACACCAAGUGCACUCGCCACAGGAUGAACAUAGUGGGGCAAAGAGAUCCAUUGGCGUAUACUGUUUGGCUACUUUGUUUCAUCGACACGUUUCUUAUUUAUUCUGCUUCUUUGCGCGAGGAACGAACAGUCGAAACUUGGCCUUCCUUUUGAGAAAACGAAAGGAAAGGAGGGGAAAUAUAAUCGAUGUUAAAAAUUGGGAGGGGAAGUGUCGUUAAACGAUCCUAGAAGAACAGAUCGGUAGAGGGAAGGGAUUAUUAAUGAGAACAGAAUGCGAAAGAGAGAUCUACGCCACUGAAAAAGUCUGCAGCGGGCCAUGUACUGUGAGUGGGAAAAGAGGUAAAGAAGGGGAAGGGCUACCCAUUCGGUAGCAAAUGCUGGUAACCCGUCGCAAGGUCAAGAUCAGUCGGUUAAUCCUAUCCAGUCAGCCGAGGCCCUUGCACCUUGGAGGACGAACGACCCUCACGCUCGCAACUGAAAUUUUCACUUUGCGAUCAUCGCGAGCGGAACUUGAUUUGCUCUAAUUUUCGAAUUUGCUCGAUUCUCACCUGAAGGGAAUAUACAUAUCGAUAAAUCGUGUUCCUCAUCUAGAUCUAAGACGAGAGCGGACACGAAAACAACGUUCGAUCGGGAACACAGGGACAGUUUCGAGUGCGCUCUUUAUAAGUGUGUCUUUUAAUUGCACCAAAAAAAUAUUCAAGUGUAUUUUUUUUUUUCGUGGUGGCGUCUUAACGAACAUAAUUAAGAUCGUUGUUAUUCUUGUUUCUUUUGUAAACCGAUUCAGAAAAUUGUUUUUACUACCCUUUGGUAGUCACUCUCGCCAGUUCUCAUUUCUUUGGCUGAAGACCAAGUUUUUGGUAAAGAUUGUUGAAGAAAAAAUUAAAAAAACAUCGACGUUUGGCCAUUAUCAAUUAAUAAACGUUUGGUAGAAAAGAAUCGAGGAUUUUGUCGUGUGGCCUGUUCAGAAAAGUGUUUACAACGGUGGAGACAACGAUAGCUGUGAUAUCCCCAAAGCAUCCCUUUACGGGGCCUCUGUUAUGGAAACCUGCGUUCUGAUACCCAAAGAAUUUUCAUUGGCACUUGCGAACGAUCGAUCAAACUAUAAAGGCCUCUUCAAGAAUGAUUCAGGAAGUUUAGUUACGGACGUAAGAAUAUCCGUAUGGUCCAACGUGCUUAUUCCGGCGGGGACGUUGAUCUACCCCUUUCAGGGAUCCAUCCGAUUCGACAAAAUCGACCUUUACUCCCUUUUAGAUGACAAUGAUAUCAGACGCGAAUAUGGCUGCUACGAUGAAGUCUUCUUUUCAAAUUACAGCCUUAACAAGCGUCAGUGCAAUUGGAUAAGAUUCCUUCGUAUCGUUCAGUCUUAUGACGAACAAGUAAACUUAAUUGGUACCAAAGUGAAAGGAGAUCCGAUCUUUGAAGUAAUAAAAGAUGUUCAACCGGAUACAGAAUUAGUAGCUUGGUUUCUUCCUACAGCAGAACAAGAUUUCGUCUUUAUACCACACGACAUGUGUUCGAGGUCUGCUUUGUACAGAUGCACGAUUGACUCCAUUUUAGAUGAAUCCCCAUUAGACUUAUCCAUGGCAUUGCUCUCUCAUCAUUCGUCGUCAACUAUCUCGCAUCCCUAUUACGAGGUGGAUGAAUAUGAAUCAACAUCCGAGGAAUCCUCGUCAUCGACGUUGUCCUUGACAGGAGAUCAUUUAGAUUGCAGUAUUUUAACGACAAUUAAAAGAGGAGAGAGGGUUCUUUUGCCAUGUGAAGUUUGUGGAAAGUCUUUCGACCGACCUUCUCUUCUGAAACGUCAUAUGAGAACGCACACAGGAGAGAAACCGCAUGUUUGUAUGGUGUGCAACAAGGGUUUCUCAACAUCGAGCUCGCUGAAUACGCACAAACGAAUCCAUAGCGGUGAAAAACCUCAUCAGUGUCUUGUUUGUGGUAAGAAGUUUACAGCCUCCUCCAAUCUCUAUUAUCAUCGUAUGACUCAUAUCAAGGAAAAACCACACAAAUGUUCACAAUGCUCCAAAUCUUUCCCAACACCUGGAGAUCUUAAGAGUCAUAUGUACGUGCAUAAUGGACUAUGGCCAUUUAGAUGCCAUAUUUGUAGCCGUGGUUUCAGUAAACCAACCAAUCUUAAAAACCACAUGUUACUACAUCUUGGCAGAUGUUCGAACAAGAAGAUUGUCAAAUCCAUUUCAGACUACUGACCAAUCGAUAAUGUCUCCUUAAUAAUUUAGAAAAUCUAUCGAGAAAUCUAAAUUUCGAAAAAAUUUACAAAAAAUAGAAAUUAAAAUUAAAUCUCCCUAUUUAUAUUGCUGUUUGAAGAAACUCAUGUAGAGUUUGACACGCAGUACAAUUUGACAAUUACACUUUAAUCUUGUUAUUAACUCUUCAAUUGCUCAUUACAUUCAGGUAAAAUAGUAUGUACGUAUUGUUAUUAUGCCAUAUGAUUCAUGUCCGUUAACUUUAUACCUUAUUUAGUUCAAUUAAUUGAAUGUUAUUUUUAUAAAAUUUCUUUAUUGCUCCUCGAAGUUAAUUAAUACUGUUUACAAAGUGUUAUGUUAAUUAUUGUAGCGAAUGAAUCGUUAUAAGAUAGAUCUAUGUAGGUAUGUAAGAGAAAUUACAUGAAUUUUGAGUGAAAUGUUUCUUCUUAUAAUAUAAGAGAUUCGAGAAAUAUACAUUGAGGAAUAA